AAGGAACUCUGUGCUCUGAAAUCCUGAGAACUGAACAGUGAGAGGCUGAGGUGGUGAGCUGCUGUGUCUGAAGUGAGAGGAGCUACUUUAUAAGCUGGAGAUCCUGAAUAAGCUACACAGUCUCAGCUGGAGAUACUGAAGAAGCAACACAGCCUCAGCCUGGACACUUUUCUAACUGUGUAUUUCAUUUGAUCCUGUUUUAAUAAGGAUUUUCAGAGUUUUAAUCCGUGCGUAAAAGCAGCGAGGACACACCGAGCACAUGGCUGCUAUCCGUAAGAAGCUGGUGGUGGUGGGGGACGGGGCGUGCGGUAAGACGUGUCUGCUCAUCGUCUUCAGCAAGGAUGAGUUCCCUGAGGUCUACGUGCCCACCGUCUUCGAGAACUACGUGGCUGACAUCGAGGUGGACAGCAAGCAGGUGGAGCUGGCGCUGUGGGACACGGCCGGCCAGGAGGACUACGACCGCCUGCGCCCCCUUUCCUAUCCGGACACGGACGUGAUCCUCAUGUGCUUCUCCGUGGACAGCCCGGACUCUCUGGAGAACAUCCCGGAGAAGUGGGUGCCUGAGGUCAAGCACUUCUGUCCCAACGUGCCCAUCAUCUUGGUGGCCAACAAGAAGGAUCUGCGCAACGACGAGAGCGUGCGCGGCGAGCUGGCGCGCAUGAAGCAGGAGCCGGUGCGCGCUGAGGACGGCCGCGCCAUGGCCGUGCGCAUCGGUGCCUACGACUACCUGGAGUGCUCGGCUAAGACCAAGGACGGCGUACGGGAGGUGUUUGAGACUGCCACGCGUGCUGCGCUCCAGAAGAGGUCCAGGCCGGCUGGUGGCUGCGCGAACUGCUGCAAGCUCUUGUGAACUCAUGUAAACUUCUGUGAAAUCAUGUGAGCUCCUGUACGAACUCCUACGAGAAGAGGACAUGGUUCCCCAGACAAGAAACGAAACAUGCUAAUGUGGGGCUCACUUAGGUGGAACAUGGUCUAGGUGGGUUCCAAUUGAGUUCCAGUUGGGUUCCAGGUCGGUUCUAAAUGGGCAUGGGCUCUGAGUGGGUUUGUACUUGUGUUCUAACGACUAGUUGGGCUUCCCAUCUAGGGGUUCCAUCUAGGCCCUAUAUUUGUGUGUGUGUGCAAGGUACAAACCAGGUGGGGCCUAUGUUGACUCCCAUGUUUAAACUCCUCCUGGUCCCAUCAGUGACACUGACUGACUCCAUGCCUUGUGGAGCCAACAUGGACAAACCCAUGGACAGAACUUUCUAAAAGGACCCAGUUGACUUGUUGACCCAGCCUGGAGUCUAGUUCUUUACUCAUGGACAAGUUGGGUGGGGGGGGUGUUUGGAGAGAUGAGGGGGGAGGGGUUUGAAGUGUCCCUUGAUGCCCUCCCUGCACCAACACUAAAAAGUAGAGAAAGAAGGAAAAGAAUGGACACAGAACAGUGAGAGAGAGAGAGAGAGAGAGAGGGGAUGGUAGGGGGCUUGUGAACCCUCAACUUUGUAUCUCUCUCUGUGUUUGUGUGUCUCUCUAUCUUGCUCUCUUUUUUUCUCUCUUUUGCUUUGUUGUUUUGGUGCUGUGUGGCAGCCGAAAAAGACACAGGCACUAUACUAUUCACACUGCAAGUACUACUACCACCACCACCAACAACAACAACAGCAUGCUCUGGAUAAUGCAUGCAUGGGUGGGUCUGGGUGGUUGGGUAGCUUGGGCACAAUAUCUGCUGCUGCUGCUGCCACACAGAACAAAGUACAGAACAAUGUAACUUAUAGGCUUAACACUGUAUACAGCCUUGCCUUGUUUAUAUGACACAUGCAUAGGGCUCUGUAUUUUGUUUUUUGGGGAUUUUUUUAAAUGAGAGAAAUGAGAAGAAAAAGAAUAUGCCUUGCCACUGCAUUGAGGUGGUCUUUGGGAUGUACACUGGGAUGACCCUCAAAAAAAAAGAACAGGAGGAGACUUGUACAAAAUGCUAGCUUUCUAGUCAGCUGCCAGCUGUGGUGAGACUGCAGUGCGAGCAGGGCAGCUGUGCUUUUGUUGCACAGUGAGAGACUUGAUGCAGCACUAAGAAGGGGGAUGGAGGGGUGGGGGAUGGGUGCAAGUGGUCAGUCAGUGUGUUCCGGGACUGUGUAUUGUGCUGUUGCAAAAGUCACCUCGAUUCAUUGUAUGCACACACAUUUACAACACACAUACAUACGUACAUACAUGCCCACACCAUGAAAUGUUAAAGUGUGGGCCCAUGCUGGUGAAUCUGCAUGCUUAAAUAGCCCAGCAUUGUCUGAAUCUCCGUUUGUUGUUUCCAUUCUUGUUGCACUGGGUGCCCGUGCAGUCUGCUACCCCACCCUAGCGCUCGGUAAACUCGUACGCAGCCCCUCUGCUCGAGCACCAACAAUGAAGUUUGUCACGAUUGCACUGAUGGGAUUAUGGGAGCUGCUUUUGUUGAUUUGGGGUGUAUAGGGCUCGGCUGGGAUUGGCUGGGUUGGGGUGUGGGCCCUUUUCUGCUUUGGCUCAGCUCUGGGUUAGCGUGACACACUACGCACACCCUCUGUUACAGAGGCGGCCUAUGAAGUUCAGCUCUGAAGCUCUGUACAUUUUCUGUUUUGUUGUUUUUAGGACUUUUAUAUGUCUUUAAGCCUGUGGUACCACUGCAUUAACUUCAGACUGACCUGGGUCAGCUCUGAGGCGUUGGCUGUCAUGUUUACAGUAACCCAGCAAUGAACAGAAAAAAUAAAAUAAAUAUUCAAUUGCAAUACAA